UCAGGACGCUCGACAUGACAACCCAAACAAUAACAAACAUGGCGCUUGAUGUGCCGUUUAAGGAGCAGUUCAAGUGUUGCAUCUGUCUGGACAUCUACACCAAGCCUGCCUCCAUCCCUUGUGGACACACCUUUUGCCUGGACUGCAUCGACAGCUUCUGGGACACUAAGACCAAGGCUGAGUGUCCACUGUGCAAAGAGACAUUCAGAAAGCGUCCACAACUCAGGAUUAACCAAGGAUAUGAACAAAUCAUUGAUUUCUAUAUAAGGUCUCAGGAGGAGAAUGUUGAUGGUGUGGGAAGCAGGAAAACUUCCCUAAUCCCACUUUUCGAGCCUGAAGAGAUUCCCUGUGACAUCUGCCAUGGAGACAAGUCACAAUCAGUCAAGUCUCCAUCAGUCAAGUCGUGCCUCGUGUGCCAGGCGUCUUAUUGUGAACUUCACCUCACACCACACCUGAGGGAUCCAGCGCUGCACAGACACCAACUUACUGAUCCGGCCACCUUCGCCACCAGUCACCUCUGCAGAAAGCACCACAAGCCACUGACAAUGUUCUGCAAGAAGGACCAGAAGCCUGUUUGUGGUCAAUGCACAGAGAGGGAACACAAACACCACAAGACCGUCCCCAUGGAGGAGGAGAACAAGAGGGUCAAGAUUCGUUUGAGGGAGACGAUAUCCAGCAUUCAACCAAUGAUCCACGCCAGACUGAGAAAAGUGAAUGAAAUAAAAAAUUCAGUGGCUCUGAGCAAAAAAAUCACAGAGAGGGAGAUAGAGAGAAGUGCUCAGAUCUGCAGCAUGCUGAUAAGCGCCAUCGAGAGACAGCAUGCCGGGCUGGUCGAGGAGCUGGAGAAGAGGCAGCAAGAAGCUGAGAGGAGAUCCGAGGAGCUGUUCCAGGAGCUGGAGGAGGAACUCAAUGAUCUGCAGAUGAGGAGCAGCGAGCUGCAGCACCUGGAGCACACUCAGAACCCUGUUCACCUCGUACAGAGUUUCCCGUCUCUAAGGCGACUGCCUCAAACUAGAGAGUGGUCUGAGGUCGCAGUCCACUGA